UCGCUUAGUCUUUUCAAAGUUUACCAUCGACACGUUUAGUUUGAUGCGAAAAUUUCAUUUAGAUUUAGUUUUGCUUGAAAAGCUGAAGUACUCUGUGCCACCUGCUCUAUUGAGAAUAAACAGAAAGUUCUCCAAAUGAAUAAAUAAUAAAAAUAAAUAAAAUAACUAUUUUUAUAAAAAGCAAACAAAGAAGAAUUUUGUACUACUACUCAAACUAUCAGCGGAAAAUGUCUUGUGAAGAAUUUCGUUCUAUUUUGCCAGAGAUUCUGGAAGAUUUAAAAAAUAUCAUUGAAGGAUAUGGGCAACCCGAAACAUUCCUGUGGAUAAAAAAGGCCAUAGAAUACAAUAUUCAAAAUGCCAAUAUGAAAAUUGCCCAGCUCUGCAUUCGUACCUAUAAAGAACUCAUAAAGUCUCUCAACCUUAAAUACUCAAAUAUCAAAUAUGCCUACAUCUUAGCAUGGUGUGCAGAAAUAUUCAAUGUUGCAAUUCUAAUAUCUGAUGAUGUCCUGGACAAAGGAAAUAUGAGACGUGGUCUAACCAGUUGGCCUCGUUUGGAAAAUGUUGGAAUCCUGGCCAUAACAGAUGCCUUCAUUUUGGAACAAAUUGUCUAUGCAUUACUCAAAAAACAUUUUUCACAUUUGGAGUGUUAUACGAAUUUGAUUGAACUAUUUCGUGAAGUUUCGUUGAGAUCGGCAUGUGGGAAACAUUUGGAAUUUAUGUAUACGAGAAAAUCCGUGGAAGAAUUUAAACGUGAAACCUACAAUAUGAUGGCUGUCAAUAAGGGAUCGUAUUAUAAUUUCUAUUUACCAUUCACGUUAUCCAUGAAUUUAGCUUGUUUUACAGAUCCCCAAAUUUUGACGCAGUGCUUGGACAUCUUCUACCAAAUUGGUUUAUAUUUUCAAAUACAAAAUGAUUUCCUGGAUUGUUUUGGCACCAUCGAGAAUUGUGGUAAAAUUGGCACAGAUAUAGAGGAUAAAAAAUUUUCCUGGCUAGCCGUGACAUGCAUGGAACUGGCUAAUGAGGAACAGAAACAAAUAAUGUUGGAAUGUUAUGGUUCUAAAGAUCCCCUUAAGGUCCAGAAGGUUAAAGAUUUAUACAAAGCUUUGGAUCUCCCUAGUAUAUAUACUGCCUACGAAAAAGAAUCUUACGAAAAAACCAAAACCCUUAUAAAACAAUUGUCUAAUGGAGUGCCUCAGGAUAUAUUUUUUGAUAUUUUGAAUAAAAUCUAUCGAGGAGUAUUCUAAAGAAAACGUAUUUUAAUUGAAGUAAGAAAAAAUCAUAAUAAUUCACAAAAUUAACUCUUAUAGUCCCGAAAAAUAUGCAUUUU